AUGAAAAGUUUUAUUCCUUUAUUUGUGUUACUCCUUAUCUCCCAUAAACUGGAAGCACAGAACUGUCCGCCAGGGAGAACACCUGGAAUAAUCAACGUUUGCAGGCAUCCAAGAGCACGUGACUGUAUUGGUGUCGGUAGUGGAAAUACUUGUGAAAAUCUUGGUGUUGGAUCAUUUGAUUCAGGAUUCACAUCUGGACUUUAUCAAUGUACAAUUUAUUCGGGGUUAGGCUGUCGUGGAGAUUCAGAGAAAGUGGACAAAGUUGGACCAAACAAAUUCAGAUUAAAUCCAAGAUCAAUUCUAUGUCCAUGCGUUUAA